GUCGAUUUUCCGAAGAUUCCCGAAUCGGAGCUCGACUUUCCGGGAAGAUCCGGGUACUGGGCUUCAACCUCAACAUAACAGCAAUGGCGGAGGCAGCAGCAACAGCGGCUCCAGCAAUACCAGGAGCCUGGACCAAACACGUCACCUGCAGGUAUUUCAUGCAUGGGCUUUGCAAAGAAGGCAUCAACUGUCGAUAUUCCCAUGAUCUCAACACCAGUCAACCAGCUGCAGCUAUGAUUUGCAAGUUCUUUCAGAAAGGAAACUGUGUGUUCGGCGACCGGUGCAGGUUUGAACACUCUAAAGAAGACGUGCCUGGGCCCAAGCCGUCGCUGCCACCUCCUGCCUGCGCCCUUCUCACUCCUACGUCCCUUGCCGCCAGCGCUCCAGCCGCCGUUCCUAGUGGAUCGGCGGGUGGUGAGUCGGCAGACGGCCCAGAGAACCCUCAUGGAUCAGGCGCAGGGGACUGGGUUAUGGCGGCAGAGUUUGUACCAGGCCAGCCUUACUAUUGUGGAAGGGACCCGGUGAAGUCUAAAGGGUCGGGGAUGAGUCCUCUGAUGGAGCGAGAGAAAGACCCGGCGGGAGACGAUAAGGAGCUGAGGAAGACUCUGUGUCCCUACGCCGCCAUGGGGGAGUGUCGCUACGGACUUAACUGUUCCUAUCUCCACGGCGACGUGUGUGACAUGUGCGGUCUGCAGGUGCUCCACCCCUCCAACGACGCACAGCGAUCAGAACACACCAAGGCUUGCAUCGAGGCCCAUGAGAAGGACAUGGAGCUGUCGUUUGCCAUCCAGCGCAGUAAGGACAUGCAGUGUGGCGUGUGUAUGGAGGUGGUGUUUGACAAGGCCAACCCCAGUGAGAGACGCUUCGGCAUCUUGUCCAACUGCUGCCACUGCUACUGCCUCAAGUGCAUCCGCAAGUGGAGGAGCGCCAAGACGUUCGAGAGCAAGAUCAUCAAGUCCUGUCCAGAGUGUCGGAUAACGUCCAACUUCGUCAUCCCCAGUGAGUACUGGGUGGAGGACAAGGAAGACAAGCAGAAACUGAUACAGAAAUACAAGGAUGGCAUGGGGACUAAAGCCUGUCGUUACUUCGACCAGGGUCGGGGCACCUGCCCGUUUGGCGCCAACUGCUUCUACAAACACGCCUUCCCUGACGGGCGUCUGGAGGAGCCCCAGAGGAGACCAACAGGGUGCAACGGCAGGAACAGGGAGGACAUAUGUACACCCCUGUGGGACCUGUUUGAAGAGCGGGAGAACAGCAGUUCUUUGGACAACGAGGACGAGGAGAUGGUGACCUUUGAACUGAGCGAGAUGCUCCUCAUGCUCCUCGCCGCGGGAACCGAUGUACUGACGAUCACGGACUCGGAGGACGAAUGGGACUUGUUUCACGAAGAGCUGGACGAUAUCUACGAGAUUUACCUAUAGCACCACUCCCUAAAGUUAACGUUUAAAACCCCUUUAUCGUUUUUGACUACCCCUCUUCACCUUUACCGCGCUGUAGAAUGGACUGUCUUGUGUGUUUGGACAGUAGCUUCUCUCGUCUGUGUUGUGGCAGUGCCUUUGGGGCAGGCCUUUCAUUCAGAAAUCAACUACAUGAAGAAGAAUUAACAGAUGAAAAUACUAAUGUAAAUGAGAAACGGGUGGGUGUAAAACCAUUUUUCUAGAAACAUCCUGUCCUUGUGAAUUUAUCUAUCCGUGUCAGGUUCAUGUAAAAAACAAAUAACAACAACUUAAAAACAAGGAAAAAAAAUUACAAACAUUUUUGAAAAUAUCACUAAUAAAUAGUGUUUAUUUGUG